GUAAGGUUUCGGAAAUAGGUCUACUGCAAGGAAUUAUAUCUACUUUAGGUCUCAUUCCUGGCAUACUGAUGAUUUGCUUAUGUGCACUUUUUUCCGGCUACACAGGAAUACAGCUUGCGGCUAACUGGACAAUGAUGCAGAAAAGGUGGCCAAAAUAUCGUAGCGUUUGCCGCAAGCCCUAUAGUGAGAUGGCAUAUUGUGCCGUUGGUCCAAAAAUGAGGUGCAGAGCAUUCAUAGCGAUGAUGAUUUGUCUUACACAAGUUGGCUUCAUAACCGUUCUCGAACUUCUAGCAGCGAAAAACACUUCCGUCUUGUUGAACUUCUUUUUUGGGAUUAAGUUAAGUGAAUUUUUGCUGGAUGAUUAUUUGUGUUGGUCUUAUCGUUUGGCCGAUUACAAUGUUAAAAAGUCCAAUGCACUUUUGGCAGGUGGCUGUAUUCUCUGCCUCAUCCAGCACUAUCGCAAUAAUCUUGACUCUCCCGAACGUCAGUUCAACCUGCAAAACUUCUUCAUGGCCUAUGGAACGAUAGUUUUCGCCUAUGGAGGUCAUGGAGUCUUUCCAACAAUUCAGCACGAUAUGAAAAAGCCACGUCUUUUUGCCAGAUCUGUAUGGGUAGCCUAUAUUCUCAUUUUAUUCUACUACCUAUCUGUCGGCAUCGGUGGUUACCUUGUUUAUGGUGGAUCCGUUGGAGAUGCUGUUAUUCAUUCUAUACAGUUGCAGUGGGUGCAGCAGACGGUGAUUAUUCCCAUAAGUACAAUCAUUUUAUUCUACUACCUAUCUGUCGGCAUCGGUGGUUACCUUGUUUAUGGUGGAUCCGUUGGAGAUGCUGUUAUUCAUUCUAUACAGUUGCAGUGGGUGCAGCAGACGGUGAAUGUGAUGAUCUCACUGCAUGUCAUUACUACGAUUGUGAUUGCAUUUUCACCUAUGACCCAACAAGUUGAAGCUCUGCUGCGAAUAUCUCAUAGCUUCGGAUGGCAACGGUUCCUCGUUCGCACAUUUUUAUUCUGGACGCUGAUUUUCGUGGCUCUCACGGUGCCGAACUUUGGACCUCUUAUGGAUAUGUUUGGUGCGUCGACAAUGUCUAUGAUGACAAUGAUCAUGCCAAGCGUAUUCUAUCUAUAUUUGAAUGCGUCAAAGGCAAAGAGAGAUUUGAUGAUUAAAAAUGGGGAGAUUUCAAAAGAGAGUCCAGAUGAGACUAGAGCUACGCUAUCAGAUAAAACCGAACCCUUUUUAGCUUUUGGAAUCAUGGGUGGUGUUGUGGCCUUUGUAUUCUCCUUCAAAAAGUUGAUUGGAGCAGAUGUGGAUCCACCAUGUUACGUACAAUACUUUAGGCAAGGUAAGGUUAUAUAGCU